CCCAAAUCCCUCACUUCUCUACUUAUAACUAUCGAUGAGGGGCAAGUAGUCGGAUGCCAAUACCGAAGCCCCCCACACUUACUUCGAAGUCCACCUUCGGGCCAUCGACCCGAUCAUCAACACUGCUCAUCUGAAAAUUGUUCGGUUUCUCUUCCGAGGGAAAAAGAUAAGGGGAAAUGAUGGGAAAGCAACUCGGCCAGCGACCCGGGAUCUACUUCAUCCUCACAGCUUCAUCUUAAAAUGCCCUUGUUUCGCCCAACUUUCACUUUGAGUAACAUUUGCAAAAUGGCCACUGAAACACAAACCCUCACGCAAUCGUGGUUUGAUCGGGCUCGCUUUAUCCCGCCCGAUGCGAUCUUUGCUUUGACGGCUCAGUAUCUCGCAGAUCCCUCUCCUUGUAAGGUCAAUCUAGGCCAAGGAACAUAUCGAGACAAGAAUGGGAGUCCAUGGGUUCUUCCCUCGGUCAACAAGAGCCGAGAGCUAUUAUCAUCGCACGGGCUGAACCACGAGUAUCUUCCAAUUGUCGGUCUGACAGAGUUUCGCAAAGAGGCUGCGAGACUUGCAUUGGGCGAUGAGCUGUUCGCAAAGAAACAGAACCAGCUCGCUACAUGCCAAAGUCUCUCCGGCACUGGAGCACUGCAUCUUGCUGGGCUAUUGCUACGAGCAUGCAAGACACCUUUGCCAAAGAUAUACGUUCCUGAGCCGACCUGGUCUAACCACCACCAGGUGUUCUCAUCACUUGGAUUCCAAUGCAAAAGUUUUAGAUACUACAGCCCCGAGACUAGAGACUUGGAUAUUGAUUCCUAUUAUGCGACAUUGAAAUCGGCUGAACCGAACUCUGUGGUUAUUAUUCAUGCGUGCGCUCAUAACCCGACCGGGUGUGACCCGAGCAAGGAGCAAUGGCAAGAGCUUGCGCACCUUUUCAAAGAAAGACAGCUGUUCCCUCUGUUUGACGCUGCCUAUCUUGGCUUCAACUCAGGCAAUGUCGACCGCGAUGCUUUUGCAAUCCGAUGGUUCAUUGAGGAAACAGGAUUAGAAGCUGGAGUUUGUCUGUCCUUUGCGAAGAAUAUGGGUCUCUAUGGGGAGCGAGUCGGUUGUUUCUUGCUCGCGACAAAUACCGAGCAAGCGGCCGUGAAGACUCAGUCAAUGCUUGAAAUGCUUCAACGGUCCGAAGUUUCAAAUCCACCGGCUUAUGGGGCGAAGAUCGCGAACACCAUAUUAUCUAGUACUACCCUGCGGCAGGCUUGGUAUGACGAUCUGAUCACCAUGAGUGACCGCAUUCGAUCUAUGAGAAAGGCAUUGUAUGAUAAGUUGGUGUCGACGGGUAAGCGCACCGGGGUCCUGGGAGCAUCUAAUUCGCCAAUCCGGGAUGUUUGGUUUUUGGGACUGUCCCCCAGUGUCGUCCUUCGACUGCGCGAGCAGUAUCACAUCUAUAUGGCAGACAACUCUAGGAUAUCCAUUGCCGGUCUCAACGAUGGAAACGUAGAGUACGUUGGACAAUCCAUAGCCGAGUGUUUGAAGCAGGAAUGCUAGUCCGGUCCGGGUCCUCCGUGGGAUUGGCCUCGCGUCGAGAUUGUGAUAUGCAUUGACAGAACCCGAGACUUGCUAGUGUUCUGUUUUGUUAAUUGCACCUCUAGACAGAAUAUAAC